AGUGCAUCGACAGAACUAGAGGGCAAUGCCCUCCAAGAAGAAAGGCAGCUUGUGCUGCAUCUCCACGGGUACAACGAGGCGACGUUAUGCUACACCCGUUUGGUGCGAGUACCAUGAGUGUGACAACUUACUGGUAUAGACAAUCACCGUCAGGAUGCGCUAGGAAGUCCUCUAUCUGAACUCUCACUCAUUCUUCCCUGUUCGCCCGAAUAUCUCUUCUUGAUCAACCAGCAAUAUGAACGCCCUCGAUUUUCUAGUCGACUUCGCAACUCUUGUGAGCACUUCGGAAGCCUUGAGACCAGGCUAUGAUGGAAAUAACAUCGAUCCAAUGCGCAGUAAAAUGGACUUGGUUCCAGAGCGGGGUGCCCGUCUCAUAGAGAAAUUACUCCCCAUCAACGGAGAGCGGCCGGUCAAUACAACUCAAUUUCGGUCCAACAUGGCGCCAUCCUUGUCGCAAAGUACCUUCUCAGCCUAUGUAGUCGACCGACCUAGCUCAAACACCCAUCGUCAUGAUCCGUACGAAGAAUUCCUUGCGGUUCCCUCAAACCCUCACAUGAGUCAACCUUUCGACCAGUUCCUUCAUCAAAACCCAGGGCUCGGUCUUUCUUUUGUGACUGACAACGACAUGAGCUACCCUGCUUGCGAGUGUGAGAGGUUUACCCAGUGGAUUCCGAAUCAUGAGACGGGCUAUUCGCUGCCGACAAAGCCAGUAUCGUGGAACCAUGUUCAGCCAUAUCAACAGCCACCGGAUCAUGAUAUGCAAUUCCUAGAAACACAGUUCGUACCCCUUGUGGGAGAAACUCGAGUCCAGUCAUCGCAGUGUAUGGACGCAGCGUGCCAUUGCCAAUACACUCCGCCACAUCAACAACCUGUGAGCAACGAUUACGCACCGACAUUUCCAAGACUUGUCUGGGGAUCGCAUACAUCGAUAUAUGAUAGGAAAUGUUGGAAAGAAGACGAUGAGUGGACGUGGAAAUGCUAGGGAUUAUACCGAAGUGAACCGGAUGUAGUGCGUGCAUGUGUACUAAGAGGUAGUGCAGAUAUCGAUACAGACUUAGAUUGCGCAUAGCCUGCGACUGGUGGCGUUACUUAAGUUGACUAUAUACAAUGUGACCAAUGCCUUCUAAAGAUACUUUG